GCGGGAUGCGGAGUAUAUAUUAAAUGGGUGGUUUACGUUUUACGUGUCUGCAAAGUGUAACGUACGUACCGUUGCCUUCCUGCCUCUGCCCUCCCACCACCACCAUCGCCACCACCGCCACCUUUCGCCAAACCCAUACGAAAUUCACCACCAAACCAGCCUUUUCUGGAAAUGAGGGAGGUGGGUUUUUAGCCAUACUCCCAUUUGCAGCAGAGCCAAGAGGAAUUGGAAUUGGUACAGAGCUUGGCCCUGCAGGACGUGGACCGUUUCGUUUUCUUUUCUUUUUUUUUUUCUUUUUCCCCUUUUGUUGUUGUCUAAUGGGGAAUUCAUCUGACAAUGUUCGUGGGCUUAUUUUGGCCCUCUCUUCAAGCAUUUUUAUUGGUUCUAGCUUUAUUGUUAAGAAGAAGGGUCUCAGAAAAGCAGGGGCUUCUGGAGUCAGAGCAGGUGUUGGCGGGUACUCAUACUUGUAUGAGCCUUUGUGGUGGGCUGGGAUGAUAACUAUGAUUUUUGGGGAGAUAGCUAAUUUUGCUGCUUAUGCAUUUGCUCCUGCAAUUCUUGUAACCCCUUUGGGAGCUCUAAGCAUUAUUUUCAGUGCCGUGUUGGCUCAUUUCAUUUUGGAGGAAAAACUGCAUAUCUUUGGCAUACUUGGAUGUGUCCUAUGUGUGGUGGGCUCUACUAGCAUCGUUUUACAUGCUCCACAGGAAAAAGAUAUCGAAUCUGUUAAGGAAGUAUGGAACCUUGCAACAGAGCCAGGUUUUAUAGUCUACGCUUCCAUAGUACUGGUUUUGGUUCUCAUCCUUAUUUUCCGAUUUGUGCCACGUUAUGGGAGCACCCAUAUGAUCGUAUAUGUUGGAAUUUGUUCACUCAUGGGCUCUCUUACGGUUAUGAGUGUGAAAGCAUUGGCAAUUGCUUUGAAACUGACGUUUUUGGGUACAAAUCAAUUUAUCUACUUUCAAACAUGGUUUUUCACCGUGGUUGUGAUCCUUUGUUGUCUUCUUCAGGUGAACUAUUUGAACAAGGCACUGGACACCUUUAACACGGCUGUUAUAUCUCCGGUGUACUAUGUCAUGUUUACUACCCUCACCAUUCUUGCCAGCAUGAUCAUGUUUAAGGACUGGGACACACAAAAUGGAUCACAAAUUGUCACUGAACUCUGUGGUUUUGUGACUAUUCUCUCUGGAACCUUUCUCCUUCACAAAACCAAGGAUAUGGGAAAUGAAGAAAGCAAACAUUCAAGCACUUCCCUUGCUUCUCAAGCAAAGAAUUAAACACAAACUCAAAGCUCUGGAUAGACAGACACUAGAUAUUUUGCAGUGCUAUGGUCACCUUUCAGCUAUUUCCCCAAGCCAUUAUACAAUCUUCAAGGUUUGAUGAAAGUCACUGUUUUCCAAACUGACAAAUUUUAGAAAGCAUGAAAUGUUUGCAGAGUGAAUAGUUUCAUCUCCUUGAUGCCAGGUUAUGGGGAUUUGCAGUAAUAGUUAUAGGGAUUCCAUCAUACUUAGCAGUAGAUUCUUCCUUUUUUCUAUAUUCUUUUCUUUACCUGAAAAGUUUAGUACAUGAAUAUGUUUUCAAAUUGUUAUGAUUGAGUGUAGGAGAAAUCUUCAAAGCAGUAUGUAAAUCAUUGAUGAAAUGGAUGAUAUCUUUUUCUCAGUACGAUUACUCAAUUUGUUGA